GUUAUGAACCAAAUAAGGGCCCUUACGCUUGCACCUCAGCAGGAGGGAAGUGUUAAAGAAGAACCAGUUUCAGAAGAUCGAACCAGACAGACUUGGCACUUUGACUGGGUAUUAAAUAAAGUGGAUAACUCUGUCAGGAAAACUGGCCGCAUCCCUAAAACUCUUCUUCUAAAAAUAUUCCAGGAAAUAAGCAAAGCAGGGUGUCCAGGGAGUAACCAGACCUUGCUUUUGCUGCGAAGUUGUGGUGCUCUUUUGCCAGAGGUAUUGGCACCUGAAAGAACAGAACUAGCCCAUAUGAUAUGGGACAAGAUGAAGGAACUGGGUGCUGUGUAUGAUACAAGCCAUUACAAUGCUUUACUUAAAGUCUACCUUCAGAAUGAGCACAGAUUUUCUCCGACAGAAUUCUUGGCCAGAAUGGAGGAAGCUAAUGUGCAGCCCAAUCGAGUUACAUACCAGAGGUUGAUUGCUGCUUAUUGCAAUGAAGGUGACAUUGAAGGAGCAAGUAAGAUUCUUGGAUUUAUGAAGAACAAAGAUCUCCCGAUCACUGAGGCAGUAUUCAGUAGCCUUCUGAGAGGUCAUGCAAGAUCAGGAGAUAUGAAGAGUGCAGAAAACAUCCUUUCAGUGAUGAGGAUGGCUGGUGUUGAACCAGGUCCAGACACCUAUUUAUCACUGCUGAAUGUUUAUGCUGAAAAGGGUGAUGCUGAUAGCAUCAAAAAGACUCUAGAAGAGAUUGAGAAGACUGAAGGUUACCUUAUGGACAGGACGUUGAUGCAGGUCAUUUUCAGCCUUGCCAAGGCUGGAUAUCCACAGUACAUUGAGGAUAUUAAAAACCGUAUAAAAUUUGAAAGGGAAUUAAUUCCAGAUGCAAUGAACCUGUGUUUGACUCUGAUAACUCACGGCUUUGAAGAUAUUAGCUUCAGUAUUUUGAAGUCUUUUAGUAAUGUAUCACGUGAUAAUGUGGACCAGGGUAGCUUCUUCUUGCAGCAUUGUGUAAAUAGAGAUAUGCCUCUGAGCAAGCUGAAGCAGUUCUGUACUGAGUUAAAAGAAACGAAAAUGCACUCGGCGCCGUUGACAUUUAUUUUGCGCUGUGCUUUGGAGGCCAACAAAUCAGCCUUGGCCAUUGAAGUGAUGAAGAUGAUGAAAGAGGAGGGCUUACCACUCAGACCUCACUAUUGCUGGCCACUGCUAGUUGCGCACCAGAAAGAGAACAAUCUUAAAGGUGUCUUUGAGGUCCUCAAAGUGAUGCACAAGUUGGGGGUGGAACUUGAUGCAGAAACGUACACAGACUAUGUUUUUAAAAAUUUUGCUGAUACUGCAACUGCUCAUGCCCAGCUGAAGGAAAACGACUGCCUGUUUGAAGGUGUUGGACUUGCUGUAGCGGAAAUAAGAAGUGAAGCAUCACAGGGAAGACUGGACAACGUUCUUUCUAUAUUGUCUUCAGCAAACACACCUCCUAUUGAUUGUCGUCUGUUUAGAAACAGCCUCGUUUUGGGUUUUAAAAGCUCAAAUGAUGUACAGCUCUGGAGCAAGAUAACAGAACUGUUGUACAAGGAUGAACGUUAUUGCCUGACGCCUCCAGGACCAACUGAAGCUGUUGGCUAUUUUCUUUAUCACUUGAUUGACAGCAUGAGUGACUCAGAGGUACAGGCCAAGGAGGAGCGUUUGAGACAAUACUUCCAUCAGCUGAAGAAGAUGAAUAUAGUUAUCCCUACAACCCACUACAGCGGCAUUUGCAGACUGCUGGAGUCCUCUCAAGUUCCUGAAUUAAUUAAGCAUGCAAGGUUACUGUCUCACAGAAAAUCCCUGUCUACAGACACCAUUCAAGAAAGUGCUAAAUCUGACGUGUCUGCUUUGGAGAAGAAACUAGAAAUGCGAAAAGCUGAAAACCAGCCUAUUACAGAUGUCUUGAAACAACUCAUACAUGCUCUUUGUGAAGAAGAGAAUAUGCAAAAAGCCCUUGAAGUGAAAGCCAAAUACGAACCGGACAUGGUUGUCGGUGGCUAUGCAGCCUUAAUAAAUUUGUGCUGUCGACAUGAUAAUGUAGAAGAGGCAAUGAACCUGAAAGAAAAAGUUUUCCCUAAGAAUUCACCUGUUGCUCUUGACGCUGGAAAGUACAUAACACUGGCAGAAGCCUUACAAAAGCAUGGUAGAGUAGAAGAUGCUAUUAACAUUCUAACGGAGAUGAAAGAGAAGGAUGUUCCUAUCUCAGGCAAAACAGUUGCAUCUUUAGUUCGCAUUCUUAAUGCCGCUGCCAUGCGAGGGGAAGUUGAAACAGUGAGUCGAUUACAUGAGACCAUUGUGAACCUGGGCUUGGCCGAAACUCCUGCCCUGCACUCCCCUCUGAUUACAGUUCACCUUGAAAAGGAUGACAUGCCUGCAGCUCUGGAAGCUUUAACCACUUGUUACAAGAAGUAUGGAAAAAUUCUUCAGCUUCAUAACAUCUACUGUAGACUGGUAGAAAAAGGAGAUGCUGAUCUUCUGCAGAAGGUUUCAGAUUUUAUAAGCAGAGAAUAUGGUGACAUGAUGGCUCUUUAUGAUCUCUUCUUCGCCUUCUUGCAAACAGGAAAAUACAAAGAGGCCAGGAAGGUCAUUGAGACUCCUGGCUUGAGAGCACACUCUGGAAGAUUACAGUGGUUUGCAAAAAGGUGUAUAACAAAUAAUGAGAUGGAGACUUUGGAACAGUUGGUACAAUUGACUCAAAAUCUAUUUGAAUGUGACAGAGAUGAGAUGUACUACUACCUUCUUCAACUGUGUG